AGAGAGAGAGAAGGGAAGCAUGCUGCAGAAGAAGAAGCUGGUUGCUGCUCUUGUAGAUCGUGGCCGGAAAAAGAGAGAGAAAGAGAGAGCAUUUCUAGAGAAUGGAGGGCUUGUAUUGGAGAAGCUGGUUUCCUCUUGUAAUGGCAGGCCUAUUCCCAUCCGUACCUUCUCCUAUGAAUGGGUUAUGUCGGCAACCAGAAACGAAAAAGAAAAUAGCAUCGACGAGGAAGACUGCGCUUACCUUUCUUUCGUGGCAACUAGGGAAAAUGAAGGCCGAAAGGGUAUUGAAGUUUGGCCAUUUCCAAGCCUUGCAGUUGCAAAGUGGGGAGACAGAGAAAUUAAGCCUUUUGUAGAGAAGGAAGCAUGCUGCAGAAGAAGCUGGCCUAUUCCCAUCCAUACCUUCUCCUAUAAAGAGCUCAUCUCCGCGACGAAUAACUUUGAUCAUCGCCUUAUUCUAUGUAACCACCAAGUUCUGUAUAACUUUUACAAGGGUUCUUUUGAAGGCCGAAAUAUUUCCGUUAGGAGUUAUUACGAUCCGAGGAUGCUGCAGUUUGCCCUAACCGAUAUAGGUAUUUCUGCAAAGACUAGCACUCACACAAAUAUUCUAAAACUGAUAGGAUGCUGUUUGGAGACUUCAAUUUUGACUUUAGUGUAUGAAUAUGCUCAAAAUGGAGGCCUUGCCGAUCAAAUUUUUAUCUCUCGGGGACAAGGUACACCCAUGAUGUGGCAUAGCAGGUUAAAGAUUGCGAGACAAAUUGCUCAUGUAAUUGCAUAUCUCCACACGACAUUCUUUAGACCUAUCAUCCAUUUGAGUAUAAAACUGGAAAAUAUUUUCUUAGACCAGCAUGAUGUUCCCAAACUCACAGAUUUUCCAUUCUCCAUUUCAAUUCCCGUGGGUGAAACUCACGUGGAACUUGUUAGAGAUAAUGCAAAAUGUGUUCCUAUCACUUAG